CGGCAGUUGGGCUGUUCAGAUCACGUGGCCGCGUGUUGUGGCGGGGCUUUUUUCCCCCCCACGACAAAAUGGCGGCGCCCACGGGCCACCCUGGUGAAUGGCCAGAGAGGGAGGAAACCAGGGUGGCGUCGAUGGAGCGACGCCCGUCUAAAGGAAGGGGGUCCAGGACCCCACCCCCCAAAAAAAGAAAAUAUAUGGAGGAGGACGGGGAGGUCUCAGAGGAUUGGUUUUCCAUCCUCCUCCGCCCUUCCUCUUCGUCCGUAGAGGAAGAUGGCGGCGCCCACGAAGAAGGCGUGGCCGGCACUUCCGCUCAUGCGCCCUACGCGGGGAGGGAGAACGGAAUCGGUUUUCGGUUGCUGGAGAGCAGGAGGGAAGCGCGAGGCGGAGAAGGACAGCGGUGCCCGUCUGUGUGUGUGUGUUUGUGGGGAGAGGCCUGAUCCAGUCGUUGCCAGGGUGUCGCCCCCCACCAUCAUUUCUGCUGCCUUUCCAUUAGGGAUGCGCCCUCCAAGGCCGGCCAUCCCUUGCCGUUGAUCCCCCACACUGCCUGGCCAUGCCUUCCUCCCCGUCCUCCUCCUCCUCCUCCUGCAUCAUCCUGGACGAAGAUGAUGAUGGGCCCCCGUCUCCUCCUGCGGCUGCCUUCUCCUCGGAACAGGGAACGGUGCUGGCGUCCGGGGUGGCUAGCGGGGAGUCUUCCCAGCGAAAGGAGGAGGCCCUGCUGCCCCAGGUCCCGAGUGGAGGAUCGGGCCCUAAGCCCCCCACCCAGGGAAAGGACCCCGCCACCCUCAAAGCCGAGAAUGAGCGGCUCUUCGCAGAGUUUUCGGACUUCUGCGCCCAGCACACGGGGGACCACCCAGAGGUGAUGUCCUACCUGGCCAGCCGCCACCAGAAGACCAACCCGGAGUACCUGGCCUCAGUGGAGUUCCGCAACGUGCUGGGGCGCUGCCUGACGCGGGUGCAAGCCCGGAGCAGCAAAGUCUAUGUCUACAUCAAUGAGAUUUGCACCGUCUUCAAGGCCCACUCCCAGAAGAAGAAGCCACCUCUGGGCCCCGCUGCCGGCUCCGAGGCCCCCAUCACUGAGGGAGCCGCCCCUCCGGACGCGACGAAAGCACAAUCCGCAGAGCCGGCCCGGUCCCAGGUGGGCUCCAAGCGCCACAUUCGGUACCUGGAGAACCUGCUGCGCGUCUACGCUGAGGAAAUUCAGCGCCUCCAGGAGCGGGAGCUGGACCUGGAGGAGUUGGACCGCGAAGACUCGGCAUACCUGCAGGAGAGCCGGCUCAAGCGACGCAUGAUGCGCAUCUUCCAGCGCCUGUGCGAGCUGAAGGACUGCAACUCCCUGACCGGGCGGGUCAUCGAGCAGCGCAUCCCUUACCGGGGCACCCGGUACCCGGAGAUCAACCGCCGCAUUGAGCGCCUCAUCAACCACCACCCGGAGGCCUUCCCGGAUUACGCCGACAUCCUGAAGGUGAUGCAGAAGGCCAACGCCCGGCACAGCCUGGGCCUGCCCAAGCCCCAGAUGGAGAAGCUGGCCGCCGAGGCCUUCCGGGAGGUGGGCAGCCGCCUCCAGGAACGCCGGCGCCUUGACCUCAUCUACAACUUCGGCAGCCACCUCACCGACCAGUACCGGCCCAACAGUGAUCCAGCGCUGACAGACGCCGAGCUGGCUCGGCAGCUGCGGCAGAACCAGAAGGUGGCCGUGAAGCGCCUCGAGGAGGUGAUCACGCAGUUCGCGGACCUGCAGGACCAGAGUCGGGAGGCAGAGUGGCGCCACCAGGAGGAGACCCGGGCUCAAGCCGGGAGGUGCCGACUGGGGGAGCCGGCCUCUCCCGGGGAGGCUGCUUCGGGGUCUGGAGCCCAAGAGGGCAGCCAAGGUGCUCCAGAAAGAAGCAGACCGACAAAGGAGGAGGAGGAAGAGGAGGAGGAGGAAGAGGAGGAAGAGGAAGAGGAGUCCUCGGAGUCAGAUGUGGAGGUGGACCUGGCCACGUGCUUGGAAGGAGGAGAGGAAGAGGAGGGCCUGGCCCCAGACGACGAGGCCCUGGCUGAGGAGGUGGAGGCUGACCAGUGCAUGGACCUGGAGGGGCCAGAAGUGGCUCUGUAUUCCUCCGUGGAAGAGGAGGAGGAGGAAGAGGAGGAAGAAGAGGAGGAGGAUAACGAGGAGGGGCCUGAGGUGAGAUCAGCCGGACCCCGAGAGGAGGAGGACGAUGACGACGUGGUGGUGGUUGUGGAGCAGGAGGAGAAAGAGGAAAAGAUGGCUAAGCUGAGCAGGGCAGGCGUCGGGGCCGACAGGACGUCCCCCGUCCUCAUCCAGUCCCCUUCCCAGCAGUUCCUCCCGCAGAUUGAGGCGUCCUUGCCCCUGGAGGCUGGCGAGACGCCCCCUCCCUCGCCACUGCCCCCUGACCGCCUCGUCCACAAGCAGAAGGAGCCCCAGCCCCCUGUCAAGCAGCCUCAGUCCCUGGAGAACGGGGCCACUCGCCACCCGGACAUCACCCCCCUCCGGAGUCUCAACGGGCAGCCCCCCAUCAAGAAGUCCCGGAAGGAGCAGCGGGUGUCCAACAGCAGCUGCGUUGAGGUGCCCAGCAGUGGCUCAUUGGAGGAGGAAGAGGAGGAAGACGACGACGAGGAGGUGGUCCUCUUUGCUUCGCUGCCCCCCCGAAGCCCAGCCCCGGUGGCCGAUUCUACCUGUGCCGACUCACCGAGCCUGGGCCUGGUGACCAGCUCCCAGGGCAGUCCUCUGGCCAAGCCUCAGCACCAGCAGCUCCUCGCCAAGACCAGUGUGGCCACGCAGUGCGAUCCGGAAGAGAUUAUAGUCCUGUCGGAUUCAGAUUAGCCGCCCGUCUCUUUUCGACGUGUGCCCCGGGACACCUUGCUGGGCGUGCUGGAGGCAGGACCCGCUCUUGACUCACCGAACUCUGCCACCGGAUGGAUGGAUGGACGGAACCAUUCACUUCUGUGGACCGCAGAAGGCUUUCGUGGACAGGCACCGGGAUGGGUAGCUGGGCGGCGGGUGGGAGGACACGCAAUGGGAAUGUUGGGUUUUUUCCCCCCUUGGAAGUGGUUUUGUGUAUUUAUGCUCACUCCUUUUGGGAAAUUUUUUGAAAAAAAAAUAUGGAGAAUAGAAAUAAAGAACUAUUUUUGUGUA